CGGAGCCUCUCUGCGUCAGUUUUUACGUGCUGUAGUGCAGGAACUGUCGGGGCUUGCAUCAUCCGGGAGGAACAGGGCGAGCAGCCUGGCUUAGGGACAUCAUUAGCAUGGACACAAUCUGCGGACAAGCCAACUAACAACAGCAUAUGUAAAUUUCCACCAGAAGCGCCUCCUCCCCGCCUCUGCAAGCUUGCGAGCCGAGCGUCUGGAGUUCACCGUGAUAAAGCAGCGUGGGGACUCCGUGGAGCCAUCAGUCCGCUCCGGUCGUGGAUCAGCAGAGGCAGGACAGCAUCUACUGAGCCGCUUCUGAGGUGUUUCACUUGGAGCAAAGUACAAGGUCCUCAGUGAGAGAACAGAUAUGAGCUGUGAAAAACUUUAGCUGCUGUCGUUCGCUUUCCCCCCCCCCUCACCGCAGAUAACUUUUAUGUGGCUUUUUUUUAACCGUUUUUUAAAAACUUAUCAGUCCAAGUUUAGCACCAAAAGAUGUCGUGCCUUUUAUUAGGAGUUAUACGAAGGCAGGGUGGUGUUGGGGCCAGUGUCGGGGUCCGGUCUCUGGCCUCCAUCCCUUCUCUACCGCCUACCGUGGCUGAUUUUGUGAAGGGAGCUGUGGACGAGUGCAAGCCCGCCAACAUCCACGUCGUAACCGGUACUCCUGAGGAAACGGCCAACAUCCUGGCCGGCCUGGAAAGGGACGGCAUGGUCAAGAAGCUUCCCAAAUACGAGAACUGUUGGUUGGCCCGUACAGACCCGAAGGAUGUGGCCCGGGUGGAGAGCAAAACUGUGAUCGUAACCAAAAACCAGAGAGACACCAUCCCCAUCCCUGCUGGAGGGGUGAAGAGCCAGCUGGGCAGCUGGAUGAGCGAGUCGGACUGGCAGAAAGCCAGACGAGACCGUUUCCCAGGGUGCAUGGCAGGUCGGACCAUGUAUGUGAUUCCCUUCAGCAUGGGACCUGUCGGCUCAACACUAAGUAAAUAUGGCGUCCAGGUGACAGACUCGCCGUACGUCGUAGCCAGCAUGGGGAUCAUGACGCGCAUGGGCUCCCCUGUUCUGCAGAAACUGUACGAAGGAGAAGAGUUUGUCCGCUGUCAGCACUCGUUAGGACGACCUUUCCCGCUCAAAGCUCCUCUGGUCAACUCUUGGCCUUGCAACCCAGACAAAGUCCUAAUAUCUCACCUGCCGGACACCAGGCAGAUUAUGUCCUUCGGCAGCGGUUAUGGAGGAAACUCUCUCCUUGGGAAGAAGUGCUUUGCCCUCCGUAUUGCCUCUCGUAUUGCCAAGGAUGAGGGCUGGCUGGCUGAGCAUAUGUUGAUCCUUGGAAUCACCAACCCUCAGGGCGUGAAGCGCUACGUGGCGGCGGCCUUCCCCAGCGCCUGUGGUAAAACCAACCUGGCCAUGAUGAAGCCUGCUAUCCCCGGCUGGAAGGUGGAGUGCGUCGGGGACGACAUCGCGUGGAUGAAGUUUGACAGUCAAGGCAAACUCAGGGCCAUCAACCCAGAGAACGGGUUCUUCGGAGUCGCUCCGGGCACUUCUGACAAGACCAACCCCUACGCCAUGGCCACCAUCUCCAGGAACACGGUGUUUACCAAUGUUGGCGAGACGAGCGACGGAGGAGUGUGGUGGGAGGGGCUGGAGCACCCCGCAGCUGGGGUUACGCUUACCGACUGGCACGGCAAAACAUGGAAACCAGGAAGCUCCACACCAUGUGCCCACCCUAACUCACGCUUCUGUGCCCCGGCGAGUCAGUGCCCCAUCAUUGACCCCCAGUGGGAGAGCGAGGAAGGGGUUCCCAUCGACGCCAUCAUAUUUGGAGGCAGAAGGCCUGAAGGAGUCCCUCUGGUCUACGAGUCGUUCAACUGGCAACAUGGAGUGUUUGUUGGAGCUGCAAUGAGAUCAGAGGCCACAGCAGCUGCAGAGCAUAAAGGUAAGGUGGUCAUGCACGACCCGUUCGCCAUGCGUCCGUUCUUUGGCUACAACUUUGGCGACUACCUCGCCCAUUGGCUGAGCAUGCAGACCAGGAAGGCCCCCACCCAGCUGCCCAAGAUCUUCCACGUCAACUGGUUCAGAAAGGACCCUGCCACUGGCGCCUUCCUCUGGCCCGGGUUCGGAGAAAAUGCCCGCGUGCUGGAGUGGAUCUUCAAGCGCUGCGGCAGAGAGAGGGAAGAGGAAGCAGCCAAGAAGAGCUACAUUGGCUGGUUGCCAGAAGAUGGCGCCAUCAACACUAAAGGUCUGGGCAGCAAGGUGGAUAUGGGCGCCCUGUUCGAUGUGCCCAAACCAUUCUGGCAGAAGGAGACCAAGGAGCUGAGAGCGUACUUCACUCAGCAGGUCGGAGCGGAUCUGCCCGCUCAGGUGGAGACGGAGCUGAAGGCGUUGGAGGACAGAGUCCACGCUUAG